AUGGCUCAGUUCACUGCCGAGAACUCCAUGUCCACGCUGCUGGAGCGGGCUAUCUACUACUACUGGCGGGUGCGCUACCGGUCCCGCUUGGUGGUUGGUCUCGCCCUGAUACUCUUGUCAGGAUGUUGGCUUUAUGGCAACUCUGGCAUAAACAGCAUCGGCCGGGGAUUGUUCAACGACAAGUUUACGACUAGGAAGAAAUACAGCACUUGCGAUGUCAACUCCAGAGGGUCGGACUGGGUGAAACCGCGCCCAGGGCACUCUAUCCCUCCAAAGAUUUGGCAGAUCAUGCUUCCCAAGGUCUCGAACGAUCAGAAGCCUGUCGACCCAGACACUUUGACGGAGACGAAAACAUGGUUGGCUAUGAACCAGGAUUACACAUACACGCUCGUAGGCGACAAUGGCGGCAGGGAUUUUAUCCAACGCCACUUUAGCCACGACGCUACAAUUGUGUCAACCUACAAUUCACUGCCUAACGUCGGCAUGAGGUCUGAUCUCCUUCGCUACCUUCUCCUCGAUGUUGAAGGCGGUGUCUACACUGAUACCGAUACAAUUGCUCUCAAGCCAAUUGAUGACUGGGUACCAAGAGACUUUCGUAAUCAGACACGGCUUAUUGUAGGAAUUGAAUUCGACCAGCGUGACGGGGGAAAGUGGGCCGACAUCUCCCACGCGCUGCAAUUUUGCCAGUGGACUAUUGCUGCAACACCAGGACACCCCGUCUUCCAGAAGAUGAUCUCUCGUGUUGUUCGCUCAUUAGAGGACUUGAAAAGCACGUAUGGUGAGAUUGGGCAUGAUUCGACAUGGGAGCCUACGGGCUUCGAGGUUAUGAACUCCACAGGUCCAGCAGCAUGGACUGAUGCGGUCUGGGAGUACUUGCAGGAGACUGAUGGGACCCUGACAGAUAUCAGGAACCUGUCAUCUUUGGGCCCACCGAGACUCUUCGGUGAUGUAUUGGUUCUACCGAUUGAUGGGUUUGGAAUGGGACAGCCUCAUUCAGGUAGUACAAAUGACGGAAGUAUUCCCGAUGGGGCGAUGGUAAAACACUUGUUUGGGGGUUCUUGGAGAGGAGGAAGACGCUAA